AUGGUUUAUACUACAUUAGAUGAUGUCAAUUUUGAUUCUUCUAAGAGGCAUGGAAAAAGUAUUGAAAUACAAAAAUUCAAAAUUUACGAUUCCAAAUGUACAAAGAAGGCGAGUGAUAUUCAACGACAUAGUAAUUUACGCCGUAGAAAGAGCGCAUAUUCCAAAGGUGAUUUCAAGAAGAAAAGUGAUGAUGAUAAUGACGAUGAUGAUGAUGAUGAUGAUAGUGGUAAUGAUAAUGAUGAUGAUGAUGAUGAUGAUAAUGGUAAUGAUAAUGAUGAUGAUGAUGAUGAUAAUGAUGACGAUCUGUUGUUAUGUAAACAGCCUGCUGCGAAAUAA